CCCUUAAGUAAAAGUAAUAGCGGAAGUAGCUCUCACAGAUUUGCAGAAACUAUCGAUCUGUGCAGCAAAGAGGCAGUCAGUCCUCAAACACAAUGUCUUUUGAUAAAUUUAAACCAAAGUAUAAAAUACAUGCGGAAACGGAGAAUUAUUUCAAAAUAAGAGCUGAAGUCGGAGCGAAACCCUAUGAUCAACUAACGGUAGAGGAAGCUAGGGAGGGUAAUAUUGCGAACGCCAAAAGGUUUGCUGGCACGACGGAAUUUGAAGGCACCGUGAAAGAAUUCACAGUUCCAUCAAAACAGUGCAGUGAUGGAAUACCAAUCACAGUGUACAGAUCUAAGCAAUGUGACCUGUGUGUGGCUCCCUCUGUGUUUGUAUAUUUCCAUGGAGGGGGGAACGUAGUGGGAUGUAGACAAACCGUGGACAUUAUCUGCAGAAUUUUCUCCAGAGAUGCCCCUUGUGUGGUGGUCAAUGUAGAAUAUCGUCUUGCUCCAGAACAUAAAUGGCCAGCCAACCAUGAAGAUGCCGUUUGUGUUGUCCGUUGGGUGAAAAUGAACAAAGGUCUUUUAGGUGCCAGUAGUGAAAGCAUUAUUGGAGUAGGAGGGAACAGUGCUGGUGGUCAGAUAGCAGCCAUGGUGUGCCACUAUGUAGAGGGCAUAGAAUAUCAGGUGCUUGUGUACCCAAGUGUAGACCUGAGGAGAAAUUACAAGUCAUCUGAGGAAUUUGCAGAAAUGCCUGGACUCACGAAAAAGAUGGUUGACUGGUUUAUGGACCACUACAUUGAUCGUUCAGAAUUUGGCAAUGCUAGGGCUUCACCUCUGCUUCAAACUAACUUUAACACUCUGCCACCAGCCUUAGUUAUCAUAGCUGAACUUGAUCCACUGAGAGAUGAGGGUAUUGCAUAUCAUGAGAAACUUAAAGAAGCAGGAGUAAAGUCCCAGUUAUUUACUGUUAAAGGAGUCACACAUGGAUUCUUCCACCUACCAGGUCAUUUUGAAGAAUGUUGCCGUAGAGCCCACGAAAAAGUUUGCAAGUUCAUCAAAGCUCAUUCAUGAAUUUUAGAUGAAUCAACCUAACAGAGUGCUUCUUGGUGCAAUGUAACUUUAGCAGUGACAUUUGAAAUGCUAGAUUUAGAACAAUUUAUUCAGAUUUUAGAAAUACACCUACUCAGAUUAUACUCUUAAGACUGUAGCCUAGAUUGUGUUAUGCCUAAUACAAUUAGUGUAUAUUUACUUUGAACUAUUUUGAUAAAUAUAUAACAUAUUGUGUAAAUUAGCUUUGAUAUAAGAAUUUACUAACCAGUGAUAUUCGUGUAUGUAUUAUAUGAAUCUACUAUAUCUGUUGUGUAUAUAUGGUUUGUAUAUAUUUCAAUUAGGAAUUAUCCAAAUUUAUUUUGCAUAAAUACUAGUAUGUUAAAAAUUUUCUCAAUUCUGUCUCGAUCUUUAAUGUCAUAUUUUGCCAUGGGCAUGAUAUACUAAAUCUAGUAUGCCUUAAAGUGUAAGCUAUUUCUGCUUUAAUGAAAAAAUAUUGAUAGGUUUUUUUUUUGGUUGUUUAUUUCUUUUGUGGUUUAUUUUUUAAAUUUUGUGGUGUGGUUUUCUUCACAGAGUUUUUAUUUUGGUUUGUAUAUUUUCCUUACAACAUUUUGGAAUAUCUUUAAGACAAUCUUUUUUUUUUAAUUGGGAUACAAUGGCUCAAUGAUUUAUUUAUACAUUGUAUAGGAGUAAAAUAUUGUUUUGCUGUUUAAAAUGAUUGUAGAUUUUUUUUUAAAUUUAUAUUUAAUGAUUGUUUUGCAUGGACCAAUGGCUUGGAUAAGCAGCUAUCAUUCAGUGUUCAUUGAGUAUAAUACAUUUUAAUAGAGAGAUGGGUUAAUACAAAAAUUGUCAUAAUGUUGUUUUAAUAAAAGGCGCUUACACGUGAUGAUUAAUUUUUUUGUUAUGUGUUUAGGUUUUAAAAAAAUGUUAAUUGAUAAAAGGACAGUCAAGAAGGGAUUCAUGAUCUAUUAGAAAACAGAUUUUUUUUUAAUUUUAAAGUUUGUGUUGCUUUUGACUUUUUAAUUUUAGAUAAAUAUACAAUGUACAUGCAAUAAAAUUCUUCAGAUUCUGUGUGUUUGUCUUCCAUAAGCUUUAAUCAUUCUAUAAUGUACUAGUCAUAUAAUGUUUUUUUUUUUCUUUUUUACAUUUUUGAAUGAAUAAUGGAGCUUGUUCACUAUAUAUGUGCCAUUUUUUGUUACAAUUUUUUAAAAAGUGAGCUAUAUUUUUUUUUUAUGAUUUAAGAUUUCAUAUGAUUUUAUGUAGAAUUUUUGGAACUAUGC